GCCACAAGUUUAGCUUUCUGGAAAUCUCCAACAGCAUCCCCUGGAGAUUGUCUUUCCAUCGUUGUGCUUAAUAUGUGAACAAACCCAAUUCUUGCCUGCACCAUAGCUUACCAAAAAGAGAAUCAAAGAUUGUCUUUCAUGGCAACCAUAGCACCGAAAUUUAUCUUCAAUUUAUUAUGUUUUCUACUCAUCUUAGGCCCAUCUUCUCCCCAGCAGACAAACACAUUAGUGCAACGACAGGAGCUCAAAGAUGGUGGUGAAUUAGUUUCAGCUGAUGGAAGCUUUAGAUUAGGAUUCUUCAACCUUACACCUAACAAUUACUACUUGGGUAUAUGGUACAGUGGUGACCGCCUCUCGGAUGUAGUGUGGGUUGCCAAUCCAGACGCUCCAAUCUUUGGCAAAUCUUCAAGUCUUACUAUUGAUGACUAUGGGAGCUUGAAAAUUUCAUACGGUGACGAGGGUCAUUCUAUUUCACUAUAUUCAACUCAAGGAGCUAGUAACACUAGUGCUGUUCUACUUGAUACCGGUAAUUUUGUACUACAAGAACUGAAUUCAGAUGGAACUGUGAAGCAGGAUUUGUGGCAAAGCUUUGAUUAUCCCACUGACACACUUCUACCAGGGAUGAAACUGGGAGUCAACAAAAUAACUGGACAUAAUUGGGCUUUAAGAUCAUGGAGAAGUGUUGUGGUACCUGACUUUGGGUCCUUUUCCUUUGGCAUGAACAAGGACCCGAAACCAGGAAAUGAAUUUGUCAUCUUGUGGCACGGGGAAGCCUAUUGGACUGGUGGGUUUUCGAACGAAAAGGGUUACCAGUUGUGGCCAACAAAUGGUUUCACUUUACCAGACCAAAGAGGUGCCUACUACUCCUUUGUGAAGAUAACGAAUGAGAAUGAGACAUACUUCAAUUACUCAACGAGUAAUGAUGCAAUAUUCCCACGCUUAAGGAUAAAUCACUUGGGAAACCUUUAUUUAUGUGAAAGGUUGCUUGUUGAAUGUAGUACUCUUUCCCCUGCUUCAAGUGGAGGAUGUGUGAAGCAAACACUUCCGGAGUGCAGGAGACAUGAUUACACAUUUAUUAAAGAUUCAGCUCACAUAGUGGAUGGCGAUGUUUUCGAGUUUAAUGAGAGUGACAACCUGACCCGUAUGGAUUGUCAGAACAGAUGCUUGAACAACUGUUCUUGUGUGGCCUAUGCGUCUUCAAAGCAGGAUGACAUUGGCUGUAAGAUUUGGACCAGGGUCCCAAGUAUUGAAUGGUCCCAGAAUGCUCAAACAAUAUACUUCCUUGAAUACAAAGCAAAGCCAAACAGGUGGUGGAUAUGGCUCAUUGUGGCAAUAGGGGGAAUCAUUAUCAUCUUGUUGUGCUCCUUAUAUUAUGCAAAACAGAAAAAGCACAAAGUGGAAGGAGAGAGAGAAAGGAAACAAAAGAUGCUCAUACAAGAACUUGCAGGGAAUGCAAUACCUUCAACGGUAGAUGACGAAGGGAACAAACAAAACAACAAUGGGAAAAAUAGCCAUGAGUUGCAUGUCUUUAGCUUUGAAAGCAUUUAUGUUGCUACAAGUAAUUUCUCAACAGAAAAUAAAUUAGGAGAGGGUGGUUUUGGACCAGUUUAUAAAGGAAAAUUACCUAAUGGACAAGAAAUCGCAAUAAAGAGACUUUCAAAAAGUUCUGGACAAGGAUUGGUAGAAUUCAAGAAUGAAACUAUUCUCAUUUCGAAACUUCAACACACUAAUCUAGUAAGGCUUUUAGGCUUUUGCAUUCAAGAAGAAGAAAAAAUACUAAUCUAUGAGUACAUGCCCAACAAAAGCUUGGACAUCUUCCUAUUUGGUAAGACAUAUAUCCAACUAAAAAAGUACAUAUUAAAUUGGAAAACACGCUUCAAUAUCAUUGAAGGCAUUGCUCAAGGACUUGUUUAUCUCCACAAAUAUUCAAGAUUAAGAGUAAUUCACCGAGAUUUAAAAGCAAGCAACAUUUUGCUUGAUGAAGAGAUGAAUCCAAAAAUAUCUGAUUUUGGCAUGGCUAGGAUCUUUGGAUCGAAAGGAUUAGAAGAAAACACAAAUAGAGUUGUUGGAACAUACGGUUAUAUGUCUCCCGAAUAUGCCAUGAAUGGUGUUGUUUCAAUAAAAACUGACGUAUUCAGCUUUGGAGUCCUCCUAUUGGAAAUUGUUAGCGGCAAAAAAAAUAAUAAUCGCCAUUAUUCUGAUUCUCCACUCAACCUCAUAGUAUAUGCAUGGAAAUUAUGGAAUGAAGGUAAGGAUUUCGAGCUAAUAGACCCGUCAAUACAAGAUGAGUCAUGUUGUCCAUAUGAAGUAUCAAGAUGCAUCCAUGUUGGUCUCUUAUGUGUACAAGACCAAGCAACAGAUAGACCCACUAUGUUGGAUGUUGUCUCCAUGCUUUCAAAUGAAACUCUUCAGUUAUCUCCUCCAAAACAACCUACAUUUUUUAUUAACACGUUUGGGGAAGAGAUAGAGAUUUCUAAAAAUAAGCUAGAAAAUUGUUCCAUAAAUAAUGUCACAAUUUCUAUGAUGGAAGCUAGAUAAAUACUAAAAUAAGAAAAAACAGACCACAACUCAAAAUAAGAAUAUUAAAAAAGUAUUGUGGAAUUUCGUUGUGCCCUAAACUUUUUCAUACUAUACUACACUAGUUAGUAUGAAUGUAGUUUGUUAUACAUGCUUGUGUGAAGAGGGCUAUACCUGAAUUUGACUAGACAAGAUGUAUCCAUAUUUUUAAUGGUUUUAUUAGGAGUUUUAAUAAGGGCUAAUACGUCUAUACCUUAUCGCAAUUAUUUUUCUUCAUGUUGUAAAUGUAAGCAAUGAGAAGA